CCCACUUGCUUCCAACGCACGUGCUUCUCACGUCACUCUUGCUAGCGAUACAAAUGCCCCACCAGUUUUCCUCUCAGCAAAGAUGCUCAGAACUGAAUGAUUGAAUCAUGAAUUCCAUUUCCUCCCAUGGCGGCUUUUCCUCCAUUAUCCGCCUCAACAUCGGAGGGAAGAAAUUUUGCACUACUGUGGAUACAUUAACUCACCGCGAGCCGGAUUCGAUGCUCGCUGCAAUGUUCAGCGGUCGGCAUACUCUAAGCCAUGAAUCCGACAAGGGAUAUGUUUUUGUGGAUAGGGAUGGAAAACAUUUUCGGCAUAUUUUGAAUUGGUUGAGGGAUGGUGCUGUCCCAAUGCUGAAAGAUUCUGAAUAUUUAGAGCUUUUGCGGGAGGCGGAAUAUUACCAACUACUUGGACUGAUAGAUGGAAUUAAAACUGCUCUAAGUAAGAAGAAGGAGGAGGAGGAAUUGGGUACGGAAUUGACUCGCAUUGAUAUAAUCAAAUGCAUACAGUCCGAGAGAGUUAGAUUCCGAGGAGUUAAUCUUUCUGGUCUUGAUCUUUCUAAGCUGGACCUGUCAUAUGUGGACUUCGGCUAUGCAUGUCUUAAAAAUGUAUUCUUUUCACGUGCAAAUCUCCACUGUGCAAAAUUCAAGGAUGUGGAUGCUGAGGCUUCCAUUUUUCACAAUGCAACUUUGCGGAAGAUGCGAAUUUACUGGAGCCAACCUUCGUGGAGCUUUAUUAGCAGGUGCCAAUCUUCAAAGUGCAAACUUACAAGAUUUGGCGUUCCUUCCUUGGAAGGCACCACUGAUGACGUAACGUACAUGGGAUUCCUGGCACUCUUGCAAUCAUUAGUCGAUAUAGUCUUUCUGGCAACUGAUGCAUGCUUGGUAGAUUGUAGCUUUUGUGGGGCAGAUCUGCGAUCAGCGCACUUACAGACGGCUGAUCUUACAAAUGCUAACUUGGAAGGAGCUAAUCUGGAAGGAGCCAAUCUAAAGGGUGCAAAGUUAACUAAUGCCAAUUUGAAGGGUGCCAAUCUCCAGAGAGCUUAUCUUCGGCAUGUGAAUCUUCGUGAGACACAAUUGGAAGGUGCAAAGCUUGAUGGUGCCAAUUUGCUGGGAACAAUCAGGUGAUGAACAGAUGUACAACAUGGUGGGCAUGUAAGGCAUCCGUCCGGCUAUAUGUAAUAUAUAUAUAUAUAUAUAUCUAUUUCUGUGUUAUUUUAAUUUGCCAAUCCAGGAUCUUUACUGGCGAUGUUGGAAAUGGAAGUAGAGACAUAAGGAUCCUAGCUUAUCUAUUUGUUCAGCAACCAUACGAUGCCCUUAGUUGUGCUUGAUUUAUUACUUGAUCAAAAUAUGUGCGAAAACGUUUUCCAUUUAUGAGGAGUCUCAGCAAACUGUUUUAGAGAUUGUCAAA